AUGUCGGGCGACACGAUCCGUUACAGCACCAGCAGCCCCGUGGCCGUCAGCAAGGACAACCCGCUAAACUCCCUCAUCCACAGGCUCGAAGCGGCCACCUCGCGCCUCGAGGACAUUGCCAGCUCCACCCAGCCGCCGUCCAGCUUCGACCAGCAGCCCAAUGGCUCCCUCUCCGCCGCCAGCGGCGCUCCGGCCUCGAAUAGCAUGCCCGAGCUGACCGCGGCGUCCAAGGAUGGCUCGCGCGAGGACAGCACGGCGACGGUGCAGCCCGUGUCCGAGCCUUUGCCGCCGAGGAUACAGGAGAUGGAUGAGUUGAUUGGCAAGGAGGUGGCAGACUUUCAGGCAGCGGGCAAGGGUCUGGAUGCGUUGAUCGAGGAGCAGGCGUCUUCGGUCGCCAGCGCGUUCGCCGAUCAACGGCGAUUCCUCCUCACAACCACCAAGGCCAAGAAGCCUGAUCCGCAGUCCAGCGCUUUCAUGGACCUCCUUUCCGAUCUGCAGCAGGAUAUGGGUGCGGUGGGAGACAUCCGCGACAGCAACCGCGGCUCGCCCGUCAAAGAGCAUCUGGCCAUGGUGGGAGAAGGCAUAACAGCGCUCCAAUGGCUGGUGAUGGACGGGAAGCCGAACGAUUAUGUGGGUGAAGUCAUUGGUGGCGCGGAGAUGUACGGGAACAGAGUGUUGACCAAGUACCGGGAGAGCGACCAGGCCCAUGUAAAGUACGUCCGCUCCUACUACGGCCUGCUCAAAGCCCUCCAAGCGUACAUCAAAAAGCACUAUCCGACCGGCGUGACGUGGAACAACAACGGCGACGCCGAUGCAGUAGCUGUCUACCGCGACGUCGACUCCGACUCUUCCUCCACCGUCAACGGCGCUUCUGCAACACCCUCCUCAACCGGCGCACCUCCACCUCCACCACCACCGCUUCCCAACUUCGACAAAAACGCCCCACCACCACCUCCCGGCCCUGCCCCCUCCGGCACCAAAGCCGGCGCAAGCGACAUGGGCGCCGUCUUCGAACAACUCAACAAAGGCGAAUCCGUCACCGCCGGCCUGAAAAAAGUCGACAAGUCGCAAAUGACGCACAAAAACCCCUCCCUCCGCGCCAGCAGCUCCGUGGGCGAUGGUCAAGUAUCCGGCGACAUCUCGCGCUCCCGAAGUCCCGGGCCGGAAAUCAAGCCCAAACCCCCCAGCAUGCGGCAGAACAGCAGCGCCUCGCUCGCCUCCUCCCAACAACCAUCGCAGAAACCCAAACCCCAACCGAAGAAAGAACUCGACGGCAACAAAUGGCUCCUCGAAAACCACGACUCCCCCUCGCAACCCCUCACCCUGGACGUCUCCCUCACCCAGUCCGUGCUGAUAACCAAAUGCCGCGCCACCACCAUCAUCCUCCGCGGCAAAGCCAACGCCGUCUCCAUCGACAACAGCCCCAAGUGUCAGAUCCUCGUCGACACACUCGUCAGUUCCGUCGACGUGAUCAAAUGCCCAUCUUUCGCUAUCCAAAUCACGGGGAGCGUGCCGACGAUUAUGCUCGACCAGGUGGAUGGGGCGAGUGUGUUUUUGGGGAAAGAGAGUUUGGGGACGGAGGUUUUCACGAGUAAGUGUAGUGGGGUGAAUGUGGUUUUGCCGCCCGAGGAGGAGGAGGGGGAUAGUGUGGAGGUGCCGUUGCCGGAGCAGAUACGGACGGUGGUGAAGGGGGGGAGGCUGGUUAGUGAGAUCGUUGAGCAUGCUGGGUGA